AUGAGUUGCCUGGUCCUUCAGAGAAGAUACGGCCAAAUCCAGAUGGAGGCCCUGGCUAUCAUCUUCGGUCUCAACAAGUUUCACCAGUUCCUCUACGGACGACGUUUCAUCCUGGUGACAGAUCACAAGCCGCUGAUUGUCCUCUUCGGACCAACGAAGCCAAUUCCAUCUCUGUCAGCAAAUGGACUUGCCAGAUGGGUUCUCACUCUGAGCCAAUACGACUACUCCAUAGAGUAUCGCAAGGCAUCAGCGCACGGCAAUGCAGACGCCCUGAGAAGAUUGCCAGUAGGAGCGGAUCCAUCCUUUGACCGGGAGGAGACUGGUGCAGACUCUGCUACUAUCUGCACCAUAAAACGUAUCAGCAGCCAAAUCGCACCUGCAGACCCGAACGUUUUAGAGAGAGAAACGUCCAAAGACCCUGCUCACACCAAGGUGAUCCAGCAUCUGCAAGGCAACUGGCCCAAGAACUUCAGUGACCAAUUGAAACCGUUCUACGUUCUUCGAGACUCUUUGUCUCUGGCGAAUGGCUGCAUUUUCCACAGUCACAGAGUGGUGAUACCAAAGACUAUGCAAUCCCAGGUCCUCCAGAUCCUGCACCUGGGGCAUUUCGGCAUGCAGAGAAUAGAGCAGUUAGCCCGCACUGCUGUCUACUGGCCAAGCAUUGAUGCCGAUAUCGAAAACGUCGCUCGACACUGCACAGCUUGCAACGAGCACCAGAGGCUGCCCCCUAAGCCGUCUCACCCAAGGAUCAUCCCCGACGAACCUUGGAGCUGCGUCCAUAUUGACCACGCCAUCAACUUCAGAGGUCACAACUGGCUGGUCAUGGUGGACGCAUUCUCCAAGUAUCCCUGCAUCUACCUCAUGUCCUCGAUAACAACCAAGACUUUUAAGCAGUUUCUCAAGAAGUCUGACUUGCCUCCCGCCCACACCCUUCAGGAGUUUCUCAUGCACUACCGCCGUACACCGCUGGCCAGUGGUAGCCGUUCCAGUGAGCUCCUGGAUGGACGUCAGAUCCGUACGAAGCUCGACGUCAUCAUCUCAGCGCAGAGGCAGACUACACCCCGAGUUCGGGAUGAGCCAGUGCCUGCUCGUCGUCUCAGCAAAGACAGCCCAUGCUUCGCGCUUUCCUACGAAGGUGGGCGUAGGGACAGAUGGAAGCCAGCUGUGGCGACCGCCUUCCUGGGUCACAAACUCCACGAGGUCCGUGUGCUACCGGACGGCCCGAUGUGGAGACGACAUGGGGAUCAACUUUGCCCUCGACAUGCACUUCACCAGCCGUGA